AUGGAUCUCGCCUGUACGAGCGAUGAAGGAGAGGUGACCGCCCUGAUCACUUGUGAGGACCAAUAUCAAAUUGCCAAAUGCACUCCACGCACAAAACUCAACAAACUCGUUUUUCACUUUUCUACCAGUCACGUAUACACUUCCUGCUCUGCUUCGUGCCCGGGAGGGUCUGCCAACAUAACCAUCAAAGGAACUCUGGCUUACGUGGACGAUAACCUCAUCAGCCGCGGAUCGAGUGUUGCCAGCGAAAGAAGAACUGCUUCAAGAUAUUACCUAAGGAACUGGACAAAUGAGCGGAAAGGAGCAAUUGCGGGAGGUAUUAUGACGAAUAAUCGCUCUGACCUCGACCUUGGCUUUUUGUUGCGAACAACUUCGCUUGGCGAACAGUCGGCGAAAGUCUAA